AUGGGAUUUGAUAACGAGUGCAUACUGAAUAUCCAAUCUCUGGCCGGAGAGUACUUCUGUCCUGUUUGUCGUCUACUUGUCUACCCAAAUGAAGCGUUACAGUCGCAAUGCACCCAUCUUUACUGCAAACCAUGUUUAACCUAUGUUGUCAGCACUACUCGAGCUUGUCCUUAUGAUGGUUACUUAGUAACAGAAGCUGAUUCUAAGCCACUUGUUGAGUCGAAUAAGAUGCUUGCUGACACCAUUGGGAAAAUCGCAGUUCAUUGUCUAUACCAUAGAAGCGGCUGCACAUGGCAGGGUCCUCUGUCUGAAUGUACAGCUCAUUGUUCUGGGUGUGCAUUUGGCAAUUCUCCGGUUGUAUGUAAUAGGUGUGGCAUUCAGAUUGUGCAUCGUCAAGUUCAAGAACAUGCGCAAAAUUGCCCUAGUGUGCAGCCACAAGCACAGCAGGCUAAGGGUGGUCAGGAUACUGCUGCUGCCGGUACCACUGCUGCUGCCGAAAAUGAGCAACUCUAUGAGCCAGGUCCAUUUUGA